AGGGGCUGAUCCAGACUUUUGAAAAGCGUAGCCAUUUGUGGUGAAUCGACCACUGAAGGUCACAGGAGAGAGAUCAUAUAAUAACUCUUCGUAAUUCCCGGACAGUUUACCUUCCACGAGUAAAUGUUUCAGUUGUUGUGUGCGUACGUCGUGCGUCACGCAAUAGAAGUCACGCAUUCGUUUUGUUGAUGACGUUCAUAGGCGCGCGUAAUAAGUUGCGCCAUAUGAAUCCGACAAUGGCGGCAUUGAAUCUUCCUGAGAGUGAAGGUUCUCCAGAAGAAAUAUCGGAAAAACGACCGAAGUUAUUGACUAGAGUGAAGGCAGUGGUUUUUAAGAAUUUUUUGUCUAUAAGCUUAGUCUUUUUCGUAGCUUUAGGAAUUUUGGUUCCAGAACCCGGCGUCUUCUUCAGCGAACUACCGACCCACUAUGUCUGUGUCGUUGGAAUCUUUCUUCACAGUGGAAUCAAACUUAAAACAGGAGAAGUGAAAGACGCUUUUAAAGCGUUCAAGGCUAUGAUCUGGGGUGUUAUUUGUAUUUUGUUGAUUACGCCGAUUAUUGGCGGACAUUUAACUGGAUUGUUGCCAUACACUGUCACAAAGGGUCAUGCCACGACAAACGGCGUUGAAAUAAAUGGAAGUUCCCCGUCCACUGGAGGACACUCAGAGGGUAGUUCAGUACUUGGUCCAGUUUUUUUUCAAAUAGGAAUGCAGAUUUAUUUCAUCGUGCCGUGUACGAUCUCGUCUGGCGUUAUCUUGACAGCACAAGCUGGAGGUGCUGUAGCACUGUCAGUGCUGCUCACAGUGUUUUGUAACUUGGCCGCUGUAUUCACCGUUCCUCCUCUUGUGGCCUGGAUAAUAAAUUUUGAGAAUGUUAGGCUGGAUCUAGUAACAUUUUUGAUUAAACUGUUGCUGACAGUGCUUCUUCCAUUAUUGGUUGGCAAAGGUUUGAGAUAUAUACCCCAUGUGAAGCCAUGUGUGAAGAAAUAUUCCAAUACACUGAAAGUGAUCAGCAUCAUACUAUUGACUAUGAUUCCUUGGCUAAAGGUCAGCCAAGCAAGUGCACAAAAGGCCUUCACCGGAUUCUCUGUUGGAAGUGUUUUUGCUGUUAUUGGAUGGGGCCUAGCAAUGCACCUUCUUUUUAUCAUCAUUGUCAUUUUUCCAUGUUUUCUACUGAAACUGGAAAAAUCUGCUCUUAAGUCAGUUGUGAUAAUGGCCAGUCAAAAAUCCCUGGCAGUCGCAGUAUCAAUAGCUGGUUAUCUUCCAUUUACGCAAGCUGAACAAGGCUUGCUAAGCUUGCCAAUGAUAUUAAUUCACCUUGGAAUUCUUGUGGCUGAUUCAGUGUGGGCAUCUUGGUGGUUUGCACGGGAUGCUAAGAAAGAAAAAGAGGAAGCUGACCCUGGCAACAUGGCGUUAAAUGGAGAUAAGACUACUAAUCAAACAACUAAUGAUGAGCUGGAUCAUUUAUGUUCUGAUGCAAAUCAACAGUUAAAUGUUUCAUCUGUUUAAUGACCAAAGUCAUAUCCCAUUUUUCCUCAAAUAAUGGCUGUGCUCUAUUAAGCACCCUCCCCAAAUUAGCACCCACCCUCUAGGCCAUAAUAUCAAACAAGCACCUCUCUUGAAUAAAUACCCCCAUCCCCCCUCCUCCCUCUUUUUCUUAGAUAAUAGGGAUACAAGGAAAACCUGUUUUUAUUGCCA